AUGCCGUUGACGCCACCCCUCCGUCACAUCACAGGGCCUUCCGCGCCCGUUAAGGCAGCAGCAGCCGCCCACCAUGCCGUACCAACCCAGCAUAACACCACAACGUCUCCAACACCACCAUCAGGCUCGUCCGAAGCGAAAGACCUUCGACCGUACGCUAACCGCACCACCGCAGAGCUUAUCAACUCACUUCUGGUCUUCCAGUUGUGCGGUAUGCCUCGCCUGGUCGAAGCGUCACCGACCAUCCUCGAAUGGACGGAGAAGAUGAAAUUGCAUGGAAUAGCCUACGCCAUUAUCAAACGCACGUUUUUCAAGCAUUUUUGUGGAGGAGAGGAUUUGAAGGAGGUUGUACCGACAUUGGAGGCGUUCAAGAAGAACCAUGUGGGCGGCAUCUUGGAUUUAGCCAUGGAGGCGGAUAUGGACGAGGCCAGUCUGGCAGGCCCCGCCGCGUUGGAGCAGGCGCGGAAGGUAGCAAACAUGUUCAAGGAGAGUGUGGACAUCGCCAGCCAGACGACGGGUAGUUUCAUUGCGGUCAAGAUUACGGCCUUGCUGCCGCCGUCGGUGUUGCUCGCGUGGAGCAAUACGCUCAACCUGCUUCAUCAGGCCUUCACGGAGGCUGAUUCCAACAAAGAUGGGAAAAUCACUGCAAAGGAGUUUGAGAAGCUCUCUAGCACGUUCCCUUUGAUCACAGGGCAGACGGCUAAGAAUCUGUUUGAGCAAAGCGACCGCGACAAGGACGGGUCUAUCGACUGGAUUGACCUCUCCGAGACGUUCACUAUUUACAAUAACGAGGCUGCUCGCGCGCUCAUUCGGAAGCCGUUGGAGCCUCAGACACCGGAUAACCCAUUGAUUACCGCCGAGCUCCUUGACACGGCCGCACCGAUUCUGCCAGAGAUAGACAGCGUGGCCCAACACGCGAAAGACCUCCGCGUCCGCAUCAUGGUGGAUGCCGAACAAACCUACUUCCAACCCGCAGUCGACGACGUUGCUCUCGUGCUCUGCAAAAAGUUCAACCCAUCUCUCAAACCCUCCGACGCUCAAUCCUCCGAAACACACUCAUCCCCACGCGGUCCCAUCGUCUACAACACCUACCAACUCUACCUUCGCGACACCUACGCCAAUCUCGUCACCGACGUGGAGCGCGCCGAACGGGCCGGCUAUGCGCUCGGCGUCAAAAUCGUGCGAGGAGCCUACAUGCACGCGGAGCGGGAGCGCGCAGAAGCUAUCGGCAUCCCGGAUCCUAUCCAGCCCGACAUCAAGAGCACGCAUAAGGCAUAUGAUGCCGCCAUUGAUUUCCUGGUUGGGAAGGUCGCAAAAGGGAUCGCUUCAACAGCAUCAUCGUCGGCAAGGCCCAUCACGUUUGUGGUGGCUUCCCACAACGCGCACUCGAUCCAGCACGCCCGCAAAGCAAUGGCGGCCGCCAACGUCGCGCCGAACGAAGGCUCGAUCGCGUUCGCGCAGCUGAUGGGCAUGCAGGAUGGGACCACCUUCUCCCUCGCGGCGCAAGGGUACAAGGUGUUCAAGUACAUACCGUACGGACCGGUGGAUGUUACUAUACCGUACCUGCAACGACGGGCGCUGGAGAACCAAGACAUUCUCAAGCCGGAUGGAGGUGUCGCGCAGGAUAGGGCGAGUUUGAUUAGGGAGCUGAAGAUUAGGUUUGGCGGUAACAGCGGAACAGUCGCUGCUGCUAGGGCUUGA